AUGGCUGAAGUUGUGCGUAUCGCCACACAAAUCCCCACCUCGCACGCAGAUGCCUCCUCAGUCGGGGAGGCCAAUCUGAAACCUCCUGCACCUCGCCCCACAAGCAGGAAGAAUUCAGACAUGACUGACACAUCAACUCCUCUCUUACAGGAACAACCUCAACCGAUUCCUCACCGAAAACCUCGCAAAUCGGUCGCAUUCAGCGGCGACAGCACCAUCAUGGAUGAAAAUGGCGAGAUUUCAGAAGCGCCUCUGUCCGGCUCAGAGGACAAGGUUACAGCAGAGAAACACUCAUCACGUAUGGACGCUCCCGGGACAUCAGGGAGCAAAUCAGUACUGACACCUCAUCAAUCUACAGCGCCCGAUGACCAAGCCGUCGAUGAGAUGACAGACAUGUUCGCAGGUCUAAACAAGAAAAAGAAGAAAUCGACCAAGACGAAAACAGAGGACAAGGAGGAUGGCGAGGCUGCCGCGCCCGUUGCCGGUGCUGACGGCGACUUUGACGCCUCCAUCCUGAAGAAGAAGAAAAAGAAGACAACCAAACCCAAAACCGAGGGAGAGGACUUUGCCGAGAAACUCGCUCGCGCCGGCCUUGCCGAUGCAACAAACGAAGAAAAAGAGGAAGCUGCAGUACAGGAACAAUCGGGGGAUAUGACUCAGGGAACCGGAAUUUGGGCUCACGACGCAACAUCCCCGAUCUCGUACGAGCUCCUCCUCAAGAGAUUCUUCUAUCUCGUCAACGAACACAACCCGGACAUCCUGUCCUCUGGAAGCAAAUCAUACAAGAUCCCACCCCCGCAAUGUCUAAGGGAAGGGAACAAGAAGACCAUCUUCGCCAACAUCGCCGAGAUCUGCAAGAGGAUGAACCGAAACGAUGAGCACGUCACCCAAUUCCUGUUCGCCGAACUCGGCACGAGCGGCUCCGUCGACGGGUCCAAGAGACUGGUCAUCAAGGGCAGAUUCCAACAGAAACAGAUCGAGAACGUCCUGAGACGGUAUAUUGUCGAGUACGUGACCUGCAAGACCUGCCGCUCCCCCAACACCGAGCUGAGCAAGGGCGAGAACCGGCUGUACUUUGUCACGUGUAAGUCAUGUGGCAGUAGGCGGUCAGUCACGGCCAUCAAGAGCGGUUUCACGGCUCAAGUGGGCAAGAGAAAGAGGCUCAAUGGAUAA